AUGCCCUACUGGCACGAGAAGGCCAUCAGGCACUAUGAUAGUGCCGGCUUUCAGUCGAAGGACGAAGAGUCUGCACUCGGCAAGGCUCAUCUACGUGGAGCUCACGAGCUUUUCAUCCCUGCCGUCAGAGACAGAUCUCCUAUUAGCUACCACGAAGCAUUGGUCCUGGAAGCUUACAUCAUGCACACUGCCAACAACCAUCUCUUCCAACCAGAUUCACCACUACCCAUUACACAUAUCACUGACGCUCUGGAAACCUUCACAUCGGCUUUAGAACAGCUAAAUAUGGAAUGCACCUGGCGUAGCAGUCCUUGGAUCGGUUUCAGCGGCCCUGAACUAGCAGAUAUUGCCUACAGAGUUUCCUGGCUCACACAUAAGCUACACUUGGACGACAAAGACCACCGAGAAGUGGAGCAUCUCAUCGCGCGUCUUUCGUCGUGGACUGCUCCAGCAUGCCAGGAAGAAUCUAACCUGACAGAGCUCGACUUACCGCCGAAGCGUCUUGCUUUACUUGCUCGAGCUUAUUGGUGCGCAUGCUCCUAUCUUGCCACGCAUCUUGCACAAGAGCGAAGCUUGAAUCUACCCUUUGAUGCCAACACUUUUGUUGAAGAGACUUUGCAGCUUCUGGACCAGCUCAUUGAAUAUGAACAUACGAUCAACAAUCAUCUAUGGCCAUUAGUCGUGGUUGGUACAGCAGCAGCCGAUUCAUUAACUCAACAACAUAUUAGUUCGCUUCUGCCGCAGUUUCACCUAGGCUUGGGUCCAGCCUCUCUGAGAAGAGCCGAGAGAUUUUUGGCAGUCGCUUGGAAGACCGACUCGCAAGGCACAAUGUAUGGCAGAAAGAUCUUCAAGGACAGAGAAGCUUUGUACCAGAUGUUCUUCUGA